CAUCAACUUACAGACGAUUCAGUCAUGCAACAAGGGAUUUAAAUGUUGUACUAUGAUACAUAAACCAAAGCGUGGUUAACCUUUUUGUAUUUUUACUUUUAUAAUAGCUGAGCAUUCUAGACGUACGUCGCCAUGAAAGAAGAUUGGAAUAUCGACAGGUACAGAAACAAAUUUGAACCUGAUGAGCAAUGGGAGCUGAAAAGAAAAUUCAUUGAAACACACAAGCAUCGUUUUCCAAAAGAACGUGUAGUCUGUCUUGCCCAGGUUCUUGUGAACAUGGAAUUUUUGGGAGCAAAGUACCCUGUUGAAACUAUGAAAACUGUUAUGGAACUAUCAAAGAAUAUUAUAGAAGGCUUUAGAGAAAAACAAAAAGCAAGACUUCAAAGGACAUUUGUGGAAGCCUCUGAUGCAGCAAGUUCCAAAGUCAAAGGCUUUCGACAUGCAACUACGUCCAAAUGUCAAAUCGAAAAGAAUACUGCAGAGUCAAAUGCAAGAUAUUUCAUGGGCGCCAUUUUAUCCAGUAAUUUGAAAAAUAUCUCUGGCAAUGACAAUAAUGAGUUAAGUGAGAGAGAUACUACUCAACUGAAUCCGCCCUCAGCAGCUUAUAUCGAGAAUGGCAAUAAUGUAGAAUCAUCCAAGAAGAGAAAAAGAAAAAAAGAAACUCGUGCCACCGAAAAACUUUCUCUUAAGAAUGCUGAAAAUUAUGAGUGUACGAUAACUCAGAAUGAUUCACAAACUUACGAAGAACACGAGGCGUUUGUUCAACCAGCUUCCAAGAAACGGACAUGGGAAAAAGAUGAGGAUGUAGGACCCAGGAUACCAAAUUUUGUAAUAAUUAUGCCAGAUAUCCAAAGAAAAAAAAUCACAAAACAUGCCAAAAACAAAGCUAACUCGGUACCAAGUUAUCGGAUAAUAAUUGAAACUUCGGCUCGUUUAUCCUCAGUUGACCUUAAAGUCAAGAAUUUUUUUUUUAAACAACAAGGACAGUGGCAAUCAGUGCUGUAUAUAGGUGGCAGAAAGAUCGUAUCUUCGUAUCACGAAAACGAAAAGAUGUCGCAGAGAGGCGUCUACGAACUGGCGUUUCCUAUUUUGGAAAAAACACAUUAUCAGAUGAUCAUUACUGAUACAAUCUGCAUUUCAAUCGACCACUUCAUAGCGCUGGAGGAAGACAUCAGACAAGCUCGAACGGAAAACUCAGUGAGGACCACCAUAACAAAGGACGUCAUGGAAGGAAAACAUUUAUCCACAAAUAGCGCCUUCGAGGUCUUGUCCAAAGAAGAAAGUAUUGCAGCGCAACCCGUUAACUGUGCCGCUGCUAUGAAAAUGAUGAAGAAGAUGGGGUGGAGUGAGGGGACCGGACUUGGUGCAAAGAAACAAGGGAUUGUGGAACCUAUAAAAUCUGAUGUGAUUGUCGGCAGAAAAGGCAUUGGAUAUGAUGGCUCUGGAGGCAAAAAUUCAUUUGUCAAGCUAAUUCGCCGUUACCUAAACAAUUAUAUGAACAGUUUUUCUGUGCACACCAUCAUUUUUUCCAACGAGUUUUCUACUGACCAAAGAAAACGAAUUCAUUUAAUUGCCCAUAAAUUGAAAUUGCAUUCAUCGAGUAUUGGAAGAGAACCCAAUCGCCAACUGACCGUUCGCCGAUCGCGUAGAAAACGGCCUCUCGUUGAACUUCUCAAUGAGUUGAUUGAAUCCCAAGGAGAAGAUCCCCUUUUUGAAAAAAUGUAUCUAAUUCCUCCAACGGAAUAGGGGCGACAACAACACAUCGUCUACUUCCAGUAGAAGGUCUAGUAAACCACACUCGUAAACGGAAAACAACUUUGAAAACAAACCCAACAAACUUGGAAAAAAAACAUUGAAUCGUUCAAUCUUGUAUUGAAUCUUGGUAAGAAUCAAACCAUAGACCUUAUAAUUGAGAAGCAGAUGCCGUACCGAUCCAGCUUCUGACACACUAAGCUUCUACAUUGACAUUUAAUGGCCGGGAACGCGACAUUGGACCACCCGACAGUAGCCCACGAGGGUAAACCGACACUAGUCCACCCCGACAGCAGCCCCCCUCCCUACACCAACCCAGUCCGACAGUAGUAAAAAAAUCGAACUAAAAAAAAAACCAAUGAAAUAAGCCCGACUUUUUCUUUAAAAUAUGAAAUUGAACAAGGAUCAUAAAAAUCAACUUAGUUUUUCCGUGGA